CACGGCUAACUCGUCGCUUCAUAGUUACAUUGCUAGUAACAGAUAUAUUAUAGUGUAAAGCAUUGAAAAUUUAUUUAGUUUUCAAUUCUAAAUUAAAAGAACUGCAAGUAUAUUGAGACUGAUUUUAUUUUUACAUAAAAAUGCAACUUUAAUACCUACGGAAUGUAAUCUAAAAAAUUUUACACUUUAAAAAUAAUAAACAAUAAUACAAAUUAUGUUAUGCAAAAUUCGGUGCGAAAACAGUGUGUUGGAUAUAUAAGACAACGAUAAUUUAUAGACCGGUUAAGUGAUAAACUUUUAAAUAUGGGAUUAAAAGAUUUUAAAAUUCUCUUCGAUAAUCCCUGGAAAACUUAUUAUCCGGGACAAAAUGUCACUGGACGAAUUCUUUUAGUUUUGGAUUCUCCAAAAAAAAUUCGUGGAAUAUGUGUGAAGAUGAAAGGAGAGGCCAAUACUUCUUGGACAGCGGACAAGCAACAAUUGAAUAGCGAAGGUCGUUACGAAAAUGAACAACAAUUGCUUACCGGUCACGAGGAGUAUUUUUCUAUAAAAUUUAAUGUCAUUGGACAAUCUGAUGGAGAGUUUGAAGUAAAAGCUGGACAACAUUUUUAUCCUUUCGUUUGUCUCUUGCCACCAAACAUACCUAGCAGCUUUGAGUCGGAUUUGGGUUAUGUUAGAUAUACAAUAAAAGCCAUUAUCGAUCGACCAUGGAAAUUUGAUCAAGAAACUAAAGAUGCCUUCACAGUUGUCUCCUCUUUUGAUCUCAACACUGAAUCCAGAGCAUUAGAACCAAUCAUGGAGGAAAAAACAAAAACUUUCUGUUGUCUUUGUUGCGCUUCGGCACCUUUGUCUGUGAAUAUUUCACUUCCUGUGCGAGGAUAUGUUCCAGGACAAUCGAUGCCAAUUAAGGUCAAUGUUGAAAAUCAGUCUGGCGUUGAAGUAACAACUGUAAAACUAAUACUUCAAAAGGUUGUUACAUAUCGUGUCAAUACUCCACAUACUGACACUAAAACGGAAUACAUGACGAUAGCAGAAGUCAGCAAAGGUCCAGUGGAUGGUAAUGCUACGGUCAGCUACGAACAAACUUUAGACGUACCCGCACUGCCGCCAUCAAAUUUAAAUAAUUGUGCUAUCAUUGAUCUCAAAUACGAAUUGAAAUUUGAAGCCUGCGCCGAUGGAUGGUAUCGCAAGAAUUUAAGGAAAAGUACUCUAGUCUUUAUUGGAACCGUUCCUCUGUCAAAUUAUCAAUCUUUAGUGACACCAGCUAAACAGGAAUACCCAACUAAAGAUAUGACUUAUGGAUGGAAUACAGUGACUACAGAUGGUGGUGACUUCACUCCGUCAGCUCCUCAAUUACCUCCCGAGUACACUGUGACCGAUAGUUCACCAAUUGGAAAUCUCUAUCCUAAUUUGCCUCCACCAUCUUAUGAAGAAUCAAUAAAUGGAGCACGAAGUCUUCGUGAUCGAGAUGAAUCCGAACAUGUCAUGGGGACCAAAAACCACUUUGCCCCACGAUAUCCAGUUUAUAAUUUUACCCCAUCUCAGUAAAGAAUUAUUUUGCUUUUCAAUUCUUUUUAAAAAAAACCUGAUAUCAUUAAUUCCCAUGAAAAGGGAGAAUUCAAAGUGAUAUUAGUUCUUUUUACAUACUUAUAUAAUAAGUACAAUAUGAACGUAUUUUCUCUCAGUACAUGACAGAAUUGAUUGCUUACGCUUAUAAAAGAGCUUCGAAUACAAAAAACCAAAAUGCACAAUCAAAGUUUAUUAUUAAUUUAUUAAAAUAAGAUGUUUUAUGUGGUCUUUCGAUAUGAUUGUAAAUAAUUUUCUAUGGUAAUUAAAAUGCUUGUGAUUUUUUGAUAAUUCGAUAUUAUAAAAAUAUUUUAAUUAUAUUCGAUACAAAAGACUUAAUACGAAAUAGUAUUGUAUUAAAUUUUAUUAAAUACACCAAUAAGGAGGAAAAUAAAGAAAGUAUAUUAUAUUAUUUUGAGACAUUACAUAUACAAAAAAAAUUAUUACGUAGAACAGACAAAUAGUUUUACUAAUAUUGCCUUGAUGGAGUUUUUAUCAAAAACAUAAAGCUCAAAAAAUGUUUGGUCCAAAAUAUAGUUUAUUAUUAUUAUGCUUAUUUUUAUUUAUUAUAAAUAAUUCUUGUAAUCUGUUUCAAAAGUGUAAUAUAAUUUUUUAUAAAUUUUUUAUCUAGAAUACAUUUCUGAUAGUAAUAUUUAUUAUACACUGAUGUGUUAUGAAAGAUAUUGUUUUUAGUAAUAAUAAUAAUAUUCAUUCAUCUACUGUAUUUAAAAUUUUUUUAAAUAAGACAUGCAAAAGAUCAAUAAAAAUUAUGCAACAAAUAUACCUGAAAAUGUACGAAAUUGGAUUUUUCCGUUUUAUUUACAAGAAAGAAGAAAUUAAAAAA